CAUAUGUCAAGUAUAGGUCGGGUGUACAUAGACUAGGGAGAGUCGCGCCACGGAGAGGGUACACUUGUGUGUAUAUAUGGGCAUCACAUCUUUCUGACGUUUUCGCUCUACCAUGAAUUCCUUACCAACUUGGAUAACAACAGUCCUAAUUCUGGCCCUGCUCACGGAUACUAUCGUCAUGGGACUCAGCGUCAAGGAGAGACGAGAUACGCGGAAUAAUGAAGUGGUGAAAAGUGUCGUCAAAAGAGGAUUUUGGAGCUCGUGUACAAGAGACAGUGACUGUGGGCGGAGUUAUCUCGAGUGUGUGGAGCUGUACUGGACAAGAUUCUUCGGACCUGUAAAAAGAAGAUGUGUGAGAAAACUCUGUUACCAGGACUUUGACUGCAAAGGAAGGCGGUUGAGAUGCGUCGGAGCCAUCAGAGGAGGCGACAUGAGAAAAAAGGGCUUCUGCGACAAGAAACGGUGGUGAAAAAAAGUCAUCCUUUGUAUAAAGUGUAUAAAAACUUGACUGAAUUCAUGAAGAUCACGUCGUAUUGUGAGAGAAAGAUCUCUCGCCGUAUGAUAUGGAAGUCUGCCAUAUUUUCUGACAGAAUUUCCACUGGUGAAAGACUAGCUUUGACGGGAAAGCUGACACCGACUGAAAAAAGGUCGUCGGAAGAAAGCAUACAACAAAGAGGAAGAAAGGGCAAUAUAUCUCGCCGUGUAUGGAUAUGCUCCAUAUUUUCUGACAGAAGUUUCUCUCAUGGCAGGACUGGUUUUGGCGGGAAAAUUGACACGGAUUGGUACAAAAAGGGUCGAAAGAAUACAACAAAGAUACCACACACAGAUUGGUGGAACUAAUACGUCGCCUGUGCGGCUAGCCAAUCGGAAAAUCUCUAUCCGCAUUGAUGGAGCCAGCAGGCGUACAAGUGACAGCUGUCGUCUGCACUGAGAGACAAAAAAACGUCGUCCACUGAGUUGCAGAAUUGCGCGGGAAGGACUGACGGGUCGUCAUGGCAACGCAGACGAUACUGAGCCGGACAGCUGACACUCAGGAAUCCUUGCGAAAGCUCCCUGGGAAAGCAAAGUGAAAAGUGACAGAAUUCUCGAGAAGUGGCGAAGGAUGAGUAUGUUAGACAAAGGAUGUGAAGACGGAACUACUUUCGUCACUGAGAUGGCGUCGCCCCCCUCCCCACAGAAAGGAGGGUUUUUCAUACACCUGUGGUGCGCUAAUU